CAGUGCAAUCGGCACUGGCAUCAGCAACAUGGCUCCUGUGUCGUUUUUGUGCUGCGUGUUCGUCGUUUCGUUAUUUUCUUGCCAAGGCGAGCAGGUUGAUGAAAUUGUCGUAACGUCUCGUGAAAACACCGAAGACACGGUCGUCAAUGAACCAGAAGUCCCAGGUGCCCAGAGUGUACUACCUGUCGACGCCGCCGAAGGGGACGCGGAAACGAACAGCACUGCCGACGACACCAACAACUCCACGGAAACGGCUGGCGCCCGCAACGCGUCGUCGACGUCCAAUCCGAUCCGAUGCCUUCCCAGUAACGCGUCGAGGAACGAAAGCGACGAAUUCAACGCGUUGCAGCUGAUCAACGGCACGGCCCUUCUUCAGGAGCUCUCGCCUGCGCCAAACAAGACGAACUCGACCAGCGGCCGUUGCAUUGUCGUCACGUUCUACUCGCCCUACUGCAAUUUUUGCGCCAGCGCUGCGCCCUACGUCAACGCUCUGCCCGCCGGCUUUCCCGAUCUCGAGUUCUACGCCGUGGACGUCGUCAAGUCGAGCCACAUAAACAUGCGCUACGGCCUCGUCGCCGUCCCCAGUAUACUUCUCUUCCACAACGGCCGCGCCGUGGCCAAGUUUAACGACACGUUCGUGACUAUGCAAGGUUUGAUGGCGUUCGUUACCAGGCACACGGGAAUGCAAGCCAGUCGGCCGCUAGACCCAGACUACAAUGGUCCGCUGGCUGAUAAACCGCUAGAAUACACAGACUGGGUGCUCGUUUCGGCGUGGCUGUUCACCAUCGUCUGUGCCGUGGGCGCCUUUCUGCGGUCGAGCCUCUGCAAGAGAAUGGUGGCCAGUGUCCAGAACGCUUGGCGGGAAGCGCAACACCAGCAUCAAGACUGAGAAUGCGACGUUGUAAGAAGUGCGCCCGCAGCCAAAGUUUUGCAAGAUUGUUUUGGUCAGAUAGUAACUCGUAAAGUUUCUGCCCCGUGCGACAUCAACGUAGCUUGUGUCAGACGAGGAUCUCAGAAACGGGCAAGAUUUGCACCGUUUUCUUGCACGUCUGCUGUCACAGGAAGCCCACACCCAUUUACUUGCAAAGCUGAUUUUGCCAGCCAUGACACGCCAUACGUGGUGAUGCUACAGGUCGAGCUGUACAGACCAACCAUAGAACUCUGUGCUGGUUGACCAUUAUGCGGUUAGAAGAUGGUUGCCCGUAAAGUGCAUUUGUAAAGGAAACGGUGCAUAUUUGUACCUGAUCUUGCCGAUGACAAGAUUUAGGCCUACGUGAAAAUGCUUAUCAUUAGCGCAUUGGCUCACAGGUGGCCGUUUGUCGAGGAUGCCGCUGAAAUGUGUGGCGAGAGUUGGCGCAUUGUGUGAUGUGUAAAUAAACCAUGGACUGUGAUGUACCAUA